AUGCCCUGUAUAAUUAUGAUAGGCUUUAAUAUUGGAAUAUUCCUAGCUUUGGUAUACGUCGCUAAAGGGGAGAUCCACCAUCAGAAGAAACUAAACUUGUGUAAUUCUUGUUCCGCCGAUGACCGUAACUGUACACGCAAGAUCAAAGUUCCAUGUUUAGACUUUCGUGAACGCCGUGAUCUGGGAUUCAAUCAUAACUACAAUGGUUCGCUUUACAAAAAGAAGCGACGUCGUUUUACUCAGGGGAAGCGCAGAAAAAUUUGGUUGUUUGACGGUAACUCACAUAGAAAUAUGAAGAGCGAUUAUCAUCUCGGACGCUAUAGUGAACAAUGUGAGAAAGAAGAAACCUAUACUUGUAGAUAUUUUAAAUGUUAUGAAGUAUGUUGUUCAGGAUGGGUUAUGGAACCGAUCAACAAUACUUGCUCAAUUUACGACAGUUUUCCAACCGAAUUGCACUGUAAAAAUGGCGGAGAAGAAAUCUUAACGGUUGACGGUCCUGUUUGUGUAUGUCCUGCUUCUUUUACUGGUAAAAAUUGUGAAACAAAUCUUUGUGACCUGAAUUGUCUAAAUGAGGGGUUAUGUGAUUAUGUUGAUGGUGCUGCUAGAUGUGUUUGUCAGAAAGGAUUUAAGGGUAAAUUAUGCGAGAAACAUUUUUGUUCUGGUGGUUGUCAAAAUGAUGGUCGGUGUGUUAUUGAUGAAGGUAUAUUCGCAAAACCAUUUUGUGUUUGUCCACCGAAAUACAGUGGGAAGUAUUGCGAAAAAAGUGACUAUGAACCAAAACCAGGAGUUUGUCCACGAGUACACAAUCAAAUGUUGGUGAAUGUUGGUGUUUGCACCAAUACAUGUUACGAUGAUGAUGGUUGUCAAGGACAACAUAAAUGUUGCAGUACCGGAUGUGGAUCGUCAUGUAUGAUGCCCGCAGAUCAGUUCUGUGUAUGGAACAAAACAGAGUAUACUAUUGGAGAACACUUCAAACCUAAUGCUUGUACUGUAUGUACUUGUUAUAUACCAGAUAGUAGACGAUCUUAUGGUGGUGCUCGCUGUGAAUCUCUACCAUGUCCUACUCUAAAUUGUAACAUGAUAGAAACUGGAGAGUGUUGCGAUGUUUGCGUUGACGAUAUAUUCCCUGUAAAGCCGAUUAGUUAUGAAGAACCAAGAUUUGUGAACUGCCCAGCCACUACCCUAGUGCUGGUACUAGAACUUGAUGAAUCGUCUGUUCACUUACCCAUUAAACUUGAAGCAUUAGAUUAUAUGACAAACAGACUUGAUGUUUUCUAUACAAGAACAAUUUUUGAAGCUGGUAAAGGUCCUACUAAUUUCCACACGGUCACUGCAACGUCAUCAACAGACAGAUUUGGUCAAUUUGCAGUGUGCAUUUUUCAGAUUCGAGUCAAAGAUCGACAACCACCUGCAUUUGAUUACUGCCCGUCAACCAUUAAAACAACAAAACAAAUUGUAGAAUGGAACACUCCUAUAGCUCGUGAUAAUGUUGGUCUUGCGGUGAAACCUGUAUCCAGAAGUAAGCCAGGAGAGAAAUUUAAGUAUGGGGACCAUGCAAUAGUUUAUAAAACAGAAGAUUAUGAGGGGAACGUGGCCAACUGUAUAUUCUUCGUCAAAGUGUUCCCUCCAAAAAUACUAGGAAAACGCAACCGACCAUCCCGGCUUUUGUUCUCUCCCCAUAAUAUCAACAUGUUUAUUAUUGGCAUCAGUGCUUUUGGUGUUGUAAUAUUGGCUAUUGUAUCAAUAACCAUGGUCUGGUACAAGUCGAAGCGCAGUGGUGGAGAAGUGAUACCAAAUCGACUGUCAACUAUACCAACAGGUCCACGAGCUUCCCAAAACAUCUAUUCUGUCAGUGACGCCCGAGAACCACCACCAGCUUAUGAAAUAACGCCACUAAAGAAGACUCUAAUGGUAGAGACAGAUUUGACCGCCUCACCUACUUCUAGUCAGAUUGAUUUUAUUGAUGAAGCUUCCACUAGUCGUACAAAUCUCUGUAGCCCCGUGGACUCCUCAACCCGUCCAAAAAUUUCUAUCACGUCUCAUACUACCAAUCCUCUUUAUCAGAAUAUGCUUGAUAAGCUAUUUUAUUGCAUAGAUAAAGAUAAUGGUAAUUGUUUAUCUUCUCUUGCUGUUUUAGUUUUAAAAAAUCAUCUCGUAGAAAGAAAAGAGUAG